AUGGAUGCUUACUCGAUAUGUUACACCAGCCCGUCUCGCCGCAGCUCGUCCAAGAUAUACCAGGAUCUUCGAUCCGUGCGCUUGUCGAGCCUGCCCUUGUUCGAUCGCGACCGCCUCUACUGCAGGAUGGCGAGUACGGAUGCAUCAACCCAGCGCAGGACGCAAGACGCGGCCGCGAGUCCCCACAUAGGCGUCAUCGGGGCCGGGCUUUCGGGACUUCGCUGUGCAGACAUCUUGCUGCAAUGCGGGUUCAAAGUCACCGUCAUUGAAGGCCGAGACCGGGUCGGCGGCCGGGUGCACCAGCAGCCUCUCCCCAACGGCCACCUCGUGGAUCUUGGCCCAAACUGGAUCCACGGCACGCAGGACAAUCCCAUAUUGGACUUGGUCAAGCAGACCAACACAGCGGUUGGUAGCUGGGACACGAGAUCAUAUGUUUUUGGCGAGUCUGGGGAUUUGUUUCAAGUCGACCAAGGGGAACAGUACGCCACCAUGAUGUGGGACAUCAUCCAGGAGGCAUUCAAGCAUUCCAACAAGUUCUGUACCACCAUUGACAGCGGCGAGAGCCUCGCGGACUUCUUCCAGACCAAAAUAGCAGAGAAGAUACCCGACACGGACCACGCCUUUUCCGAGAAGAGGGCCUUGCUGUGGCAAAUGUCGGAGAUGUGGGGUGCCUUCGUUGGCAGCCCUAUAUCCCGACAGAGCCUCAAGUACUUUUGGCUCGAGGAAUGCAUCGAGGGCGAGAACUUGUUUUGCGCCGGUACGUACAAAAAGGUUCUCGACCUCGUCGCCCAGCCCGUUCUCGCCGGCGCGGAGGUACAAUUCAACUCCAAGGUGACGAGGAUAUCCCACCGGGAUGAGGGUCGAGAUCAGGUUAUUGUUGAGAUGGAUGGCGGCCAGUCCCUCCAUUUUGACGAAGUGGUAGUGACGUGUCCCCUCGGAUGGCUGCAGAAGAAUCUGUCUGCGUUUGAGCCCUCGCUGCCUCCUCGUCUUGCCCGUGCAAUAACUUCAAUCGGCUAUGGCUGUCUUGAGAAGGUAUACAUAAGCUUUCCGAGAGCCUUCUGGCUCUCCCAAGGGGCUGACGACCGCAAAGUCGAGGGGUUUGUCCAGUGGCUGUCGCCCAACUACGCGCCGGACUCGAAUCCUCAUCGGUGGCACCAGGAAGUGGUCGAGCUGGCUAGCCUCAGUCCCGAGACUUCUCAUCCGACCCUGCUCUUUUACAUGUUUGGCGAGCAGUCGCGCCUUCUGACCGCCCAGGCCGCUCAAUUCGCCGAGUCGUCUAAGAGAGACCAGUUCCUGUAUGACUUCUUCAAGCCCUACUACUCCCGACUUCCGCAUUACUCGGAGGCGUCCGAGGACUGCAUACCGACAGCCUGCCUCGCCACCGACUGGGUCCAUGACGAGUUGGCGGGGUGUGGCUCCUACAGUAACUUCCAGGUCGGGCUGGAGGAGGGCGACGUUGACAUCACGACGAUGCGAGAGGGUCUCCCAGAUCAGGGUCUGUGGCUUGCAGGCGAGCACACAGCGCCGUUUGUUGCCCUGGGUACCGCCACUGGAGCGUACUGGAGCGGCGAGUCGGUCGCUCGGAGGAUAGCGGAGGUAUACGGGCGCUCCACCAGGCCCACGGAGGCGUAG